AUGGCCGACGCGAGGGAGCCUCCACGUCCUCAAUAUCCGCCGCCGGACGACCCAACCCACGGUGGCUACUACUCACAGCAGUCGCCUCAAGGACGUCCUGCGGCCGCACGAGACGACCGGAGCCCAUAUCCCCCCCCGGAUCCUGCCAGACAAGGCCAGUAUCCGGAUCCCAGGGCAGCUCAUCCAUAUCCGCCGCCGGGUUGGCCAGCGCAGCAUAGUGCUUAUCCUCCUCACUAUCCGGACCCUGCGCAUCCAGGCUAUGCGUACCCUCCGCGGCCUGAUUUGGGACAGCCUCCUCAGCCCAUGCAACCUGAUGCCUACCGUCUUCCUCCAGUCUACCCGCAUCCUCACCCGGGCUAUUACGCCCCUCCCUAUCCUCCUCAGGUGCCUGCUGCCGCGCCGCGCCAACGCACGGCCAUAGCCUGCAAGUAUUGCAGAAAGAGAAAGAUUCGAUGCUCAGGCUACGACAGCUCACCGGACGGCCGUUGUCAGAACUGCGUCCGCUUCAAUCAGCAGUGCCUCUUCCACCCCGUCUCCUCCCAGGCUGCCUUUGUCCCGGCCAAUGCCGUGUAUGGACCUAACGCCGCGAGGGCUCCUCUUGCUGGUCAACCCGAUGGCCGUCUGGGCCAGAAUGGACAACAUUAUCCCCGGGAUGGUGAAGCGCCGCCGAUGCUCUAUGGUGCCCACGGUCAACCUCUCGGACCCGCCGGACCCCAUGGCCAACCUCAGUACAACUACCCGCCGGCCCCUCCCCAUGGUUAUUCUCCUGCGCCGUACCCAUAUCCUCCCUAUCCGCCUGCUGGACAGCCAUAUGACGCACAAGGGCAGGGACCCCCUGCGCAUCAUGAUGAACGUGUCAGUCUUAAGCGUCCCCCUCCUGAUGAUGACCCCCACAAUGAGAAUUCUCAUGCAUCCCAGUCUCCCCACCCCAACUCUCGCCCGCGCAACAGUACAUACGAGUCGCGCCAGAACAGCAGCGGUAGCUACAACGAGUAUCAAGAUCCCAACAGUGGCGCUCCCACCUCCCCUGCCACUUCCACCAUGAGCUAUCAGUCCUUCCCUCAGCAACCUCGUUACGCCAAUGGCACGCAGUCUCAGAAGGGUAACAAUUCACCCCCGUCGGGCUUGACCCCGCAGUCCGCGCAGAGCUUCAACUCACCCCAUCAUGGGCCCAACCACGAUGACGGGAGGACCCCGCCUCCUAACCAACCCGGCUCCGCGGGUUCUUCUGCCAACGGAAGAAGCGGCAUGAAGGUCCACGAGAUGCUCGGGGAUCCGACCCGGGUACCGCCCGAGCAGCGAGGUAGGAACGACAACGAUAUGCUCAACAAGCUGGAUGGCAAGAAGUAG